ACUUGUUCUUGGCGGUAGCCAUAUUGAUUUGUUCCUCCUGUUGUGUGUGAUCUAUCCAGCCAGGAUAGAAUAACGUUGAUUUGUUGUGAUUGGUAAUUUCUCCUCAUCUUCUAUCAACUUCUUUAUUAUUGUAAUUUAGAUUUAAUUGAUUGAACAAUCAUUGGUUGAAUAGCCGGGUGGUAAUAUUUGUUUAGAACCGCUAGUUACCCGAUUACUUGUUCUGAUUUUGACGGGAAAGAGCGCGUGUCUAAAAAUCCCCGAUCGGCUAUUCUUCAACAUCCAAACCGUAGUUUGGAUUCUACAGUUCUAAACAAUUAUUAAUUGGCCGAAGUCGUUUGGCAAUCGUUCGCGGAUUUGAUUAUCGUUUCUGGAAAUAUUUGGUCGUUUCGUCUAUAAUGCCAACUAAUCGUCGAAGGAAAUCAAGUUCAAAGUUCGUUGAUGUUAAUGAAGAAUCCCCUAUUACCAAGCAAGUGCCUUUUGAUGUCCUUAAGUGUCAUGGUUCAGACUCGAAUAGGGUUGAUUAUCAUGGUAGUGACUCUAGUCUUAAUUCGAUGACAGAUGACGUAAGAAAUCUUAGUUUAAAGGAGAAGCAAAGGCUUGAAUUAUCAGGAAGAAGCGUUUUGCCUAUAGCGCCUGUUGUUGGUCUAGAACUACCAAAGGUUGAAUUGAGUUAUUUUGAUGGAGAGCCAAAAGGAUACUGGAAGUUUAUAAGACAAUUUGAGACGUAUAUAGCAUCAAGAGUCACCGAUGAUAGCCAACGUUUGCUCUAUCUCAUGCACUAUUGUAAGGGCAAGGCGAAGACAGCUAUCGAAGGUUGUGUCAUGAUGGAAGCAUCCUCUGGUUAUAAGAGAGCAAGGGAAAUUCUAAAGCGUUUGUUCGGUCAGUCUCAUGUAAUCGCUCGAGAAACAUUAGAAGAUUUAUUUAAUGCUGUUAAUUUUGAUUAUACUGACGGGGAGCAACUAUCAAACUUGGCCAUUAAAAUGGAAAACUGCGCUAUGGUCUUAGAACAGAUGAAUUAUAACUCUGAUCUAAAUUCGUUAGUUACUUUGGAAAGAAUAGUAAGACUAUUACCUCAAGUUAUGCAAGCCCAGUGGGCGGAUCGGGUGGAUCAAUUGACGGAAGAUAAUAGAGAACCGACUUUUGACGAGCUUACCCAAUUUAUAGCGUCCCGCGCAAGAGUAGCUAAUAGUAGGUUUGGACGGUUAGCGAGUCGUCCGAGAAAGGGACACAACUUAAAGACAAAUUGUCACUUGCAAUUAGAGCAGGAGGGUAACUCUAGAGCUAAAUGCAGGGUGUGCUCCCAGGACCACGCUAUUUAUAAAUGUCCAAAAUUUUUAGCGCUUACCGUUCAAGAGAGAUGGUCUCAAGCAAAAGUUAAUGGCAUCUGUUUUGUCUGCCUUAGGCAAGGGCAUAAAGUUAAUGAAUGUAAGCUGGCGAAACGUUGUAACGUUAAUGGUUGUGAGAAGAAACACCAUUCCUUGCUGCACAGCGAAAAUGAUAAAUCUGAUAUCCCGAAUUGUUGUGGAUUUACUAAAUCCCUAAGUAGCCAAGUGUGCCUAGGAAUGAUCCCUGUACGGUUGAUGUUAGGAGAUGCCGAAAUGGUAGGUUAUGCUUUGUUGGAUAACGGGUCUGAUGUAACGUUGAUAAAAUCGAGCUGUUUGAGGUGUCUCGGGCUGAAGGAAGACCGAGCGUCAGUGGUAGUAGAGACUGUGGGUGGUAAUAGGACAAUGACGGUCACAAAGACCCCUUUUGAGGUAUAUUCUCUAGAUCGGUCAGGACAUGUUACGAUCGAAGGAGCUCUGAUUGUGGCAGGUAUACCAGGUCAUAAGCCAACAAGGUCGGCAGUGGACAACCUAGUUAAAUGGCCACAUUUAAGGGAUGUACCAAUAGAUAACUUCGACUCUGAAGAAGUUCUGCUGUUGAUUGGUUGCGACGUACCAGAAGCACACUGGGUGUUAGACCAGCGGUUGGGUGGAAGAAAAAGCCCGUACGCUGUGAAGACGUUGCUGGGUUGGACGGUUUUCGGACCCGCGUCGUAUCCGGAAUAUAGGAAAAGAAUGGUCAAUCAUACCAGUAAGAUACAGACCUUGGAGAACGAAAUACGUAAACUUUAUGAUGUAGAGUUUUCUGACGUUUAUUCAAAUGAUAAAUCAGUAUCACUAGAAGAUAAGGCGGCUAUAAGGAUUGUGGAAAGGGGCACACGCUUCGAAAAUGGGCAUUUUGUAGUUCCUAUACCAUGGAAAGUGAACCCAAAUAUGAAAGGGGAGUAUUAUGAAGUGGCAAGCAGUAGACUACAGAGUUUGAAGCGUAGAUUGUUGAAAGAUGACAUUCUGUAUAUCAAGUAUACAAAAGGUGUUGAAAGUAACUUUAUUAAGGGCUAUGCGGAGAAGAUCCCUGAACUACAAUUGCAACCUAGUUAUCGCCCUCGGUGGUACUUGCCUCACCAUGCAGUUAUAAACCCGAAAAAGCCAGAAAAACUGAGAGUAGUUCUUGACUGUGCCGCCAAGUUUGCAGGCGUUUCUCUAAACGAUAUGAUUUAUCAAGGACCCGACACAACGGCUGAGUUAGUGUGUAUAUUAUUGCGUUUUCGCAAAGAGGCAGUCGCAGUCUCUGCGGAUGUUGAAGAAAUGUUCAUGCAAGUAAAGGUCCCUGAGUCUGAUCGAGGAGCUUUAAGAUUUCUGUGGUGGCAGAGGGGAGACAUGUCGAAAGAACCAUCCGAGUUUCAAAUGACAUCUCAUCCAUUUGGCGCCAUAUCAUCGCCGUUUUGCGCGAACUUUGCCUUGAAUAAGACAGCCCAAAUAUUCUCUGACGGUUAUGAUGGUUAUGUCGUAGAUGCUGUUAAGAAUAAUUUCUAUGUUGAUGACUGCUUGGUAUCUUUCCCCACUUGUGAUCAAGCAAAGAGUUUCGUCAAGCAGAUAAGUGAAUUAUUAUGUAGAGGAGGCUUCAAACUAAAGAAAUGGGUUACCAACUCCGAGGAGGUAAGGGCCAUCUUGCCUGAUGUAUGUAAAGAACAGUCCUUGAUAGAAAUGUCAACGGAUUACGACACCACUCAUCGAACCCUAGGUGUAGAAUGGGAUUUUAAACAAGAUGUAUUUAAGUUUUACUUUGAUGCACCGGAAAGGCCUCCGACUAGGAGAAGUAUUUUAUCUAUAGUUUCUUCUCUGUUCGAUCCUCUGGGUCUGAUUGCUCCAGUCUGUCUUAAUGCCAAACUUCUCUUGCAAAAAUUAUGUAGGUCCCAAAUAGGCUGGGAUCAGCCUCUCAACGAGCCAUACAUGUCCACGUGGCUAGGCUGGGUAAGGUUUAUGCGUCAGAUAGGUCACGUCACGGUAGCUCGAGGUAUCAAGAGGAAAAUCGACGAACCCGACGCGAAAGUGGAAUUGCACUUGUUCAGUGAUGCUUCAGAGGUUGGUUAUGGAGCAGUUGCGUACGCACGAGUCAGCUAUUUGAAGGAGCCACCAUAUUGUAUCUUGUUGUACAGCAAGUCUAGGGUAGCACCUAUCAGACAAGUCACUAUACCGAGACUUGAGAUGGCGGCAGCGGUGUUAAGUGUGAGGCUUAGUGAAGUAUUACGGAGAAGUCUGCCUAAUUUUUUCUGCGAAGUAAACCUCCAUACAGAUUCCAUGAUAGUGUUAUACUACAUUAAGAAUAUUGAGAACCGAUAUUGCACCUAUAUAGCCAACCGCCUCGCUGUGGUGCACCAGUAUACGAAGGUUGAACAAUGGAAUUAUGUGAAGUCGUCACAGAAUCCAGCUGAUUGGACAUCAAGAGGUAUACAAAAAAUGACUGAUCUGGAAUCUUGGUUCAAAUGUCCUACCUUACUGCAUGGCGAAUUCUGUACAACAAUCACUGACUGUCCGGAACCUACUCCUGACGAUAUUGAGUUUAGAAAAACUGCUGUGGUUAACUUGAGUAGUAUAAAGCACAACAUGUCACCUAUUCUCUCUUAUUACUCCGAGUGGUUGAAAUUAGUCAGGGCCGUAGCCUGGCUUAGAAGGUUCAUAGAAUUUCUGAUGGUGCUUCGUUCACCGAGUCAUGAAGGAUCCGUUCAUCUAGGGUGUUUAAAGGUCAAAGAACUUGACGUCGCCAAGCGUAAGAUUUUAUUGAUGGUUCAGAGAGAAGUGUAUGGAGAAUUACUUAGUGAAUUUAAGAACAGCAGUAAAGUAAUAAGCCAUGAUGAUCUGAAAGGUUUAUCGUUGAUGAUGCUUGAUGGGUUACUCGGCGUUGGAGGUCGACUAAGAUACUCAGAUUUCCAAAAUGCUUUUAAACAUCCAGUAAUUUUACCCAGUCGACACUUAGUGACGGAAAUGAUAGUUAGACAUUGUCAUAAAGAACAAGGACACAUAGGAAGAUCAUUAGAAAAAGGGUAUGGAUAUGUGUUUACUUGUUUGCAAACAUGGGCAGUACAUAUUGAAAUGAUGUGUAAUUUGAUUUCUGAUUCAUUUUUAAUGGCUCUAUUACGCUUUAUUGGAAGAAGAAGGAAACCUCCAGAGAUUUACAGUGUCAGUGCGUCAAGCUUCGUGGGGACAGUUUCUGAGUUAAGCAAGUUUGUGCAGCAGUCGAAUCAGAAGAUAAACAUUGAAUUGUCAGCCAGGCCCUCAUCCAACAGCAUGGGUGGAGUUUGGGGAAGAGUGAUUAGGUCUAUAUCACGACUGUUAUCGUUGACCACCAGAGAACAGGUGAAGCAGGUCUCCUUGAAGCUUUGGAUUAGUCUUUGUUGUUAUUAAUGUAGUUAGGUCGAGUAGGCGUACUGUUGUAAGUCCUACUCGUUCCUAUGAUGCGAUAUGUUAUAUAAUGAACCAUGACCGUAGGCAUCAAGGUAGCUUGUGUGGUAUGGAGGGAUUUUGGGGGCCGGUGUAAGAUCCAUUUUGAAGGUUUUGUGUGUUGGUGAAAAUCCCUCCAUGUAUAUACUCGUACUUUGUUCCUAUUGAUUCCCUUAGUUGUACAUUGUGGUAUUUUGAUUACAUUUGAGUUGUUAAUACUUGUAUUUUUUAUUAUAGUUUUUGUUUUUCUUACGCAUUCACUAAGUUUGUGUUUCUUCCUGAACUGCAUCUGUGUUGUUUUACUUGACACUUGUUCUUGGCGGUAGCCAUAUUGAUUUGUUCCUCCUGUUGUGUGUGAUCUAUCCAGCCAGGAUAGAAUAACGUUGAUUUGUUGUGAUUGGUAAUUUUUCCUCAUCUUCUAUCAACUUCUUUAUUAUUGUAAUUUAGAUUUAAUUGAUUGAACAAUCAUUGGUUGAAUAGCCGGGUGAUAAUAUUUGUUUAGGUAAUGAUUUACAUUAAAUUUAUUAUGAAUUAUAGAACCGCUAGUUACCCG